UCUUUUGUCCCAAACUCCCAACCCUUCCCUUAUAAAUAUCACACCAAAAAAACAGCAGCCUCACAAUUCACUCAGACCCAAACAAACAAACCAAAAAAUGGGCGGCUCUCAAGAACACAUAGUGAUGUUACCUUUCAUGGCACAAGGCCAUCUCAUCCCAUUCUUGGCUCUGGCAAAGCAGAUCCAUCAAAGGACAGGCUUCACAAUCACCAUAGCCAACACACCUCUCAACAUCAAAUACCUCCAUUCCACCAUCUCCAAAGACCCAUCAACAGCCUCCUCACUCUCCCAAUCCCAAAUCCGCCUCGUCUCACUCCCAUUCAGCAGCUCCGACCACGGCUUGCCGCCCAACACCGAGAACACGGAGGCCUUGCCCCUGCACCAGAUCGUGAAUUUGUUUCAAUCUUCGUCAUCCCUCGAAUCGCCUGUCCGAGAACUCGUCUCGGACAUAGCCGAAAAGGAAGGCCGGCCUCCGCUCUGUAUAGUGUCGGAUGUGUUUUUCGGGUGGGCUAAUACGGUAGCGAACAGUCUCGGGAUUGUCAAUGUUAGUUUCAGCACUGGUGGUGCGUAUGGCACUGCGGCCUAUGUUUCCCUGUGGCAGAACCUCCCGCACCGGUUGUCUGACGCCGACGAGUUUCGGUUGCCAGGUUUUCCGGAUUCGUGCCGGUUCCAUGUGUCCCAGCUUCACCAGUUCCUGAGAGCUGCUGAUGGUACUGAUCCAUGGUCUCGGUUUUUUCAGCCACAGAUUGAGCUUUCUUUAGGCUCGUGUGGGUGGUUGUGCAAUGCGGUUGAGGAAAUCGAGCCUUCGGGUUUGGAAAUUCUUAGGAAGUAUGUAAAACUUCCUGUUUGGACAAUUGGUCCUCUUCUGCCUCAAUCCAUGCUCAACCCUUCGUUGUCGAAUUCGAACGUCUCUCAUCAACGUACAGGCAGAGAGCCUGGACUGUCUCCGGAGAAAUGUCUCGAGUGGCUCGAUUCUCACGAAGAACACUCUGUUCUUUACAUUUCAUUCGGGUCCCAGAACACCAUUUCUGCUACCCAGAUGAUGGAAUUGGCUAAGGGUUUGGAAGAUAGUGGCACGGCAUUCAUAUGGGUCAUUAGGUCUCCUGUUGGAUUCAACUUGAAAGGGGAAUUCAGAGCUGAGUGGCUGCCGGAAGGGUUCGAAGCACGGGCCGCGGAGAGCAGACGGGGGUUGUUGGUGCACAAAUGGGCGCCUCAGUUGGAGAUUUUGGCCCACGAAUCGACCGGGGUGUUUCUCAGCCACUGUGGGUGGAAUUCGGUGCUGGAGAGCUUGAGCCAAGGCGUGCCGAUGAUAGGGUGGCCGUUGGCGGCCGAGCAGGCCUAUAAUUCUAAGAUGCUGAUGGAGGAUGUGGGAGUGUGUGUGGAGCUGACUAGAGGAGUGCACAGUAGUAUUGUGAAGGAGGAGGUGAAGAAAGUGAUAGAAACAGUGAUGGACAAGAAGGGGAAAGGAAAGGAAAUGAAGAGAAAGGCAGUUGAGGUUAAAGAGUUGAUAAGAUUAGCAAUGAGAGAGGAGGGAGGUCAUAAGGGGUCUUCUCUUCAAGCAAUGGAUGAUUUUAUAGCUACCAUUCUCUCCAAGAGAGAAGAGCUACAAUCAUUUAGUUCAAAAUCAGAUUAGGACUAUUUGUCUAUGUUUCAUCCUCAUUUCCUCAGUGAAUAAAACAAUUAUACUUAUAUUUUAAUUUA